CUAAACACUCUACCAGUUGACGAGAAUCCAUAUCCAUCUCUAGAUGACCGACCUCAGCUUGAAAGGAAGCGCGACCAACCCCUGGAGGGCGUAUCUGGGCGAAAUCUAUUUCAGCAGAAAGCCCCCUCACCCACUAGGAACUGUAUCUUAUGCUGAAAUCGAGAGGCAAGCGGAGGAGAAACUGAAGGAUUACCCCGGAUCCUUCGCCUAUGCUGGAGGGAGCGCUGGCACUAACUCGACCAACCGUGCCAAUCUGCGCGCAUUCGAAAGAUUUGCGAUCAUACCCCGCAUGUUACGCGAUGCAACGCACCGCACGCUCGAGACUACCCUCUUUGGUCGAAAGUUUCCCUCACCACUUUUACUAGCACCAAUCGGUGUCCAAGGCAUCUUCCACGCAGACGCAGAAUUAGCGCCGGCGCGAGCUGCGAAGAACCUCAACAUCCCUUACAUCCUUAGCACCGCCGCAUCGAGGACGAUCGAAGAAGUGGCCGAGGCCAAUGCUGAUGGAGAACGAUGGUUCCAGCUCUACUGGCCCAGAACAAACGAAGUAACCCGCUCCCUUCUCAACCGCGCCAAAGCAGCAGGCUACCAUGCCCUCGUAGUCACACUCGACACCACUGUAAUCGGUUGGCGCCCACACGACCUCGACCGCGCUUACCUCCCCUUCUCUUACGGCGUUGGCGUCCAAGUUGGCCUCUCCGACCCCGUCUUCAUGGGCCGCCUAGGCAAACAACCCAUCACCGAAAGCAAUGUCAAAUUCCCCCACGACACCGAGAAGCUCGAUAAAGCAUUCGAGGAGGGCGAUGGAGCCGUUCGGGAAAUGGUGCACCUUGGAAUUGAGUGGAUGAAGGAGGCCAAUUCAGGAAUCUAUAGGACAUGGGAGGAUCUCGCGUUUUUGAGGGAGAACUGGGAAGGUCCGAUUGUCUUGAAGGGAAUCCAAAGCGUCGAUGACGCGGAGAAGGCGCUGAAUUAUGGCGUAGAUGGGAUCCUCGUCUCGAAUCAUGGCGGUCGCCAAGUGGACGGCGCCAUUCCAUCCCUAUACGCCUUGGAGAACAUCAUGAAGUCCUCCUUGGUCCGAGAAGCUCAGGCCUCAGGAAAGAUCACGAUCCUCUUCGAUUCAGGAAUUAGAACAGGCAGCGACAUAAUAAAAGCCAUCGCCCUCGGAGCUCAAGGUGUCUUGCUCGGUCGACCGUACGUCUAUGGCUCGGUUCUUGCAGGCCAAGCUGGAGUCGAACAGGUGAUCAAGCACACCCUGGCCGAUUUGGACACCAGCCUAGGCUUGUCGGGGUACAAGAAUCUCAAUGAGAUUCAGGGUAAAGCCAGCGAAGUGUUGACGAAGUUGGAUCUGUAA